CGUUUACUUCCAUACUCAACAGAAGACAAUAGUUUAUCACGAAAAUGGCAUUUUACCAGCAACAGCCGUUUUAUAAUCCGAAAAUCCCAUUCACCGGCAGUAUCCAAGGAGGCCUGCAGAACGGGAAAUCCAUCAUAGUGAGUGGCCGGGUCUUACCUGGAGCCAACAGGUUUCAUGUGAACCUACAGUGUGGUUCGAGGUCAGGAGCGGACGUCGCCCUCCACUUUAACCCUCGCUAUGACAGCAGUUCUCCGUAUGUGGUCACCAACACUUAUCAGGGCUCCAAGUGGGGAUCUGAAGAGCGGACGUACCAGGCUCCAAUUCCUGCCGGUUCCCCUUUCACCCUCAUGAUCCUUGCUGAGCUGAACUCUUACAAGAUCAGCUUAAAUGGAGCUCACCUCAUGGAGUACCGCCACCGUUUACCCUUCACUAUGGUAGACACAAUCUUUGUGGAUGGCAUGGUGGAAGUGAACUCCAUCGCCUUCCAAAACCCUCCAGCCUACUUUCCACCGCAACCAGGAUUUCCAACUCCCAUCCCCGCCCAGCCAGCCUAUGUGGCCCCUGCGUAUGGUGCUCCUCCUGUGCUUACAAUUCCAUAUAAAACGAUUAUCUCGGGAGGACUGUACAUGGGCAAGAACAUCACUAUCAAUGGCAUGGUAAACCCCGAUGCUAAAAGAUUUACAUUUAACCUUCGCUGUGGCAAUGACAUAGCCCUGCAUUACAACCCACGAUUCGACGAGAACGUGGUGGUGCGUAACAGCCAUCUGAGAGGCAGCUGGGGCUCAGAAGAGCGAACAGGAAGUCUGCCUUUUUACAAAGGACAACCCUUCAUGGUGACCAUCUCUUGCAAUCCCCAUCAUUACAACAUAUUUGUCAAUGGGAACCAAGUGCACACUUACAGCCACCGUGUCACCAAUCUGCAUGAGAUCACAGUCCUGGAGGUCGACGGCCAUGUCACCCUGACUUCUGUUGUGGUUUAAACUGAAUAAUUGUCCAAUGGAUUGCAUUAGUGUGUUUUUACAUUUAUAUACUGCAUCAACAUACCAAUAUAUGUAUUUGUUCAGUUUUUUCCCCUGAUAGAGACCUAUAUCAGUUUUGUCACCUUGUGAAAGCUUU